AUGGGGGAAGAAUCUACGGAAUCCACAGAAUCUACAGAGUCCAUGGAAUCCACAGAAUCCACGGAAUCUACGGAAUCCACGGUAUCUACGGAUCCCACGAAAUCCACAAAAUCUACGGAAUCCUCGGAAUGUACGGAAUCUACGGAAUCCAUGGAAUUCGCGGAAUCCUCGGAAUUUACGGAAUCCACGAAAACCACGGUGUCCACGGAGUACACGGAAUCCAGGAAAGUCCACGGAAAUGAAUCCUCGGAAUCCAGGAAAUCCAGGGAAUCCGCGGAAUUUAUGGAAUCCGCGGAAUUCAUAGAAUCCACGGAAUCUAGGAAAUCCGCGGAAUUCAGCGAAUCCACGGAAUCCACGGAACUCGCGGAAUUCACGGUAUCAGCAAAAUCCACGUUCCGCCAAUCUCCUGAAGCCCGGGACGUACCUACACCGGCACCGCCCAGCAAUGAUAGCCCAGCGAUGGACAGUUUUAAUACCGUUCGUUACGAUAGUGCUGCUGCUCGAGACAUCUGCCAGGCGGCCGAAGACCCGGCGGCGGCAGCGUCGGGCAAAUCGCGGGGGGAAAAGUAUUAG